AUGAGCCUGUUUCCCAAUGCUGUAAGUAGCCCUGGAGUCGCGGGCCAGCAAUUAACCAGUGCAGAGGAGAAGCGACGCGCGCGGCUGGCGAAGCUAGCGGCGUGGAAGAAGAAGAAGGAGGCCGAGGCCGAGAAAAAGCCCGUUAAGUUCACGGCAAAGGCAAAAACAACGCCCAAGAAACCCGCCCGCCUGAUGCGCAAGAACCUGCUUGACGGGCCGGCAGAAAGCGCGGAGCAGACAACUGACGACACUCCGCUGGACCUCGACACGCUGCUCGAAAACAUGGAGCACGGCCAGCACAAAGACAGCGCCGCCGCACUCUUUGAGAGCGACGACGACGCGCCCUUAGAGUCCGACACCGACGCAGACCACCUGGACCCGGCCAAACUGCUCCAGGCCAUCAACGACAAGAACAAAAAGUCGGUGCCCGAACACCCUCCCAGCACACAUCCGUACACCAGACACCUCUACUCCGAGAGUGCGUUCAUCAGCGCGCUGUCGGCGGACGAGGUGGACUCGUUGCGGCUCCGCGACGCGAUCACCGUGCGCGGCAAGUCUGUUGCGCGGCCCAUCAUCACCUGGGACCAUCUGGGACUGCCCGUUUCACUGCGGAGCGCUCUGGACUCUCUAGGUUUCGACGCUCCGACGCCUAUCCAGUGCGAGGCUCUUCCGAACGUGAUGAGCGGCCACGAUCUGAUCGGGAUCGCCAAAACAGGUUCCGGAAAGACGCUUGCGUUCCUGCUGCCCUUGUUCCGCCAGCUACUUGCGAAUCCAGCGGCGCCGUCUGUGCGUGCUCUAGUGAUGACGCCGACCAGGGAGCUGGCGAUGCAGAUAUUCAGCGAGAGCAGCGUUUUUCUCCAGGCGCUCGGGCUGCGUGGGUGCUGCUGCUACGGCGGGCAGUCGAUUAGUCAGCAGAUCGCGGAGAUCAAGAAAGGGUGCGACCUGGUUGUCGGCACGCCGGGUCGGAUCAUCGACCUGCUGUGCGCGAACAAUGGCCGUGUUCUGCGGCUCAGUCAUGUGACGUACCUGGUUCUGGACGAGGCCGACCGCAUGUUUGACAUGGGGUUCGAGCCCCAGGUGAUGAAGAUCCUGAAAGUGACGAGACCGGACCGGCAGACCGUUCUAUUUUCGGCAACAUUUCCUCCGCGGAUGGAGGCUCUCGCAAGGCGGUGUUUGGCAGACCCGGUCGAGGUGCUUGUUGGUGCCAAGAACCUGGUGAACGACAAGAUCGCGCAGCAAUUCGAGGUUCUGGACGAGGACCAGAAGUUCGGCCGCUUGCUGCAGGUCCUGGCCCGUUUCCAGAGCACAGACUCGGGCAAGGUGCUGAUUUUCGUCGACCGGCAGGACAGCUGCGACAGUCUGGCAAAUCAGCUCAUCAUCAAAGGGUAUCCGACGCUGUCGCUGCACGGCGGGAAAGAGCAGCUCGACCGGGACGGCAUUAUUUCCGACUUCAAAAGUAGCGUGAUCGAUAUAUUGGUUGCUACGUCGGUUGCGUCGAGGGGACUGGACGUGCAAGACCUGAACCUGGUGGUCAACUACGACUCGCCCAACCACAUGGAGGACUACGUGCACCGCGUGGGGCGCACGGGGCGCGCAGGCCGCUCGGGAACGGCCGUCACGUUUGUCACGCGGCACCAGGAGCGCGCUGCCAGCGACAUCGUGAGGCUGCUGGAACUAUCGGGCGCGCAGCCGCCUGCAGAGCUGGUGCAGAUUGCGAGCCGGUUCCGCGAGAAGCUCAAGCGCGGCGAGGUAAAGUACGGGUCGGGGUUUGGGGGCCGCGGGCUGGAGAAGCUGGCCGAAAUCAGGGAGCAGAAAAAGAAGCUCGACAGAACGCUCUACGAGGGCGAAGACCUUUCCGAGACGAACGACGACGACGACGAGACGUCAGAGGUGCCGGCAGAAAAACUGAACAAUUUCCAGGUCGUCUUCGGCAGCACGAAGCGCGCGCAGGACUCUGCCGUCCACCACGCGAAAAUGAACAUCAACGACCUGCCGCAGAGCACGCGUUGGCACAUGUCCAACAAGGACAACAUCAACAAGGUCGUGGAGGCGACCGGCACGUCGAUCACGACCAAGGGCCGCUACUACGGGCCGGGCAAGGAGCCCGGAGCCAAGGACGACCCGAAGCUGUACCUGCUGAUCGAGGGCGACAACGAGAUGAGCGUGCGCCAGGCGGUCGAGAUGUUCAAGCGGAGUCUUGUCGAAGGUCUGAAGGGUUCUCUGGACGAGCGCAAGCGCAAGUUCACCAUUGUGUAG